UCAUUUCAUGCCGCGCCAACGGCCGCUAAAGAUCGCGUAGCUCUUCGGUUCUGUAAACGAUAUAUCCCUCUAUAUAAUUACGCGCGGCCUAAGACGAACCGAGCGGAAAGAGCAAAUUAAAUGAGCGUAAAAUGUUGGAGCGGGCAGACUGAAAAGAGCGAGCGAUAAAAGUGAAAUCAAAGCGGGUUAAGGUUGUAACCCCAAGCCCCAGCCGAAAGAUCAAAAGUGUUAUCAAAAUAUACAAAAUAUACAAAUAUAUACAAGCCGAAUAUAACGUGUGAAUCCCGAAACCAUGUCCAGUUGGAGUUUGGCCAGCGCGGUGUCGCCGAACGUGACCGGCGGCAGUGAUGUCAUUCGCCUGAGCAACCUCAAGGCGAACUCGGAGUCAAACAUACCAUCCCGGGGAUCUGUGUCUGGACUACCACGCCCCACAACGCCCGUGCCUGCCAAGAAGUUGUCCUCCAAGCGACCGCCCCACCUGACCUUGCACAUCGGCGGCACCAAGUCCAAGUCCAAAUCGCAUGAUGCUCCGCUGGCCGAGACGGAAAAUACGGUUCUAUCCGCCGGUUCCUCCUCCAUCUACGGCACACCCAUGGGCGGGGCAACCCCAUUCUCCUCGCCGGCGGGACACAGCCAAAAGAGCCAGGCUAGCCACCAGAGCCACCAGAGCGAGGAGACGCAGCACAGUGCCAGCACUACAACCACCAGCACCAGCGGAGGAUCCAUCUUCCCCCAUGAACAGUACAAAACCAUCAAGAAGAUCAACAUUGGGUUCGAGAACAUACGAUAUACCACCAAAUUUGGAGUCUUCAAGAGAGAAACCAAAGAUGUCCUAAUGGGUGUUACGGGUUACUUUAAGUCUGGAGAGCUGAGUGCUAUCGUUGGACCUUCGGGAGCUGGCAAGAGUACCCUGCUCAAUAUCCUCUCAGGAUACACAACAUUUGGCUAUUCGGGUGACUUCAGUGUCAACGGCAACCGAAGAGACCUGAAAGCCUUUAAGCCGAACGUGGCCUUUAUCCGCCAGGACACAAGUCUUCAGGCCUUUCUCUCCGUCAAGGAGGCCAUGCACUUUGCGGCCAAUCUGAAGAUCGGCAUACACAUGACGCACAGCGAAAAGCGGGAGCGGGUUAAGAGCAUCCUGGAGGCCAUCGGGAUGUAUGAAAACCGAUAUACAAUGACUGGCAAACUAAGCGGAGGUCAGAAGAAACGUUUAGCUAUUGCCCUGGAGCUGGUUAACAAUCCCCCAGUACUAAUUCUAGACGAACCAACCACGGGGUUAGAUAGUUCCACCUCCAAUCAGCUGAUAAAUCUGCUCAAGAAACUUGCCCUGGAGGGCCGCACUGUCAUCUGCACAAUCCAUCAGCCCAGCGCCCUGACAUUUGCCAUGUUCGAUCACCUGUAUGCCAUUGCCGAGGGCCAGUGCAUCUACUCAGGUGGAUCGCAGAACUUACUGCCCUUCCUGGGCGCCCUCAAUCUACACUGCCCGGAGUCCUACAAUCCAGCGGAUUACUUAAUGGAAAUCGCUACGCAUGACUACGAUACGGUGGAUGACAAUCAAGUGGAUAAGAUGGUAGCUUUAAUGGAUAGCGGCCGUAAUGAGGAUUACAGGCAGAACAAGAGUGCCAGAGUGGCUCAAUUGGCAGCCAUGAAGAAAGUUGAUCAACUAAUGGCCGCUGGCAUAAUUACACCGGUCACAGCCCCUGUAAUGACCUCAUCAGUGCCACAGCACUUCCUUCAAGGCAAUAGCUUUAAGCCUCUGACUCCGAUCAAUGAGCUGUCUUCGCGGGUGUGGGAUAGCCAGACGGCGGGUAUUGGCAGCAGUGAUGUCGGAGCCAAGGUCACCGGAAGCUGCUGCAAGCCAAAGAAAAAGAAGAAACCGAAGCCGGCGUUGGAAUUGGAUCCAUCACAUCUCUGCAAUCGAGAGAAUAUCUACGCCACGCCCUUCUAUCGUCAGCUAAGCAUCCUGCUAUUAAGAACCUUCCUCUUAAUUUGGCGUGAUAGUUCACUCACCACAAUGCGGUUUGCCAUUCAUCUGAUCACGGGACUGCUAAUUGGUACCCUAUACUUUGGGAUUGGCAACGAUGGAGCCCAGACGCUGAAUAUCUUUCGGUACAUCUUCUACACCAUCAUGUUUGUGAUGUACUGUGCGUUCUCUGGGAUUCUUGUAAAGUUUCCCUUGGAGUUCCCCAUUGUGUCGAGGGAACACUUCAAUCGCUGGUACUCCCUGCGGGCAUAUUACGUGGCCAUCACUUUGGCCGAUCUGCCCAUUCAAAUCAUCUGCAGUGCCCUGUUCAUAAUACCCACUUACCUGAUGACCCAGCAGCCCAUGGAACUCUGGCGAUUUGGACUCUUCUUCCUGAUUGUGUUCAUUACGGCUCUCGUAUCACAGAGCAUCGGACUGGCAGUGGGAGCGGCUCUGAGCCUUAAGCUUGGCUGUAUCCUGGGACCCUUCUUCAUCUGCCCGUUCCUCCAGUUCAGUGGGUUCUUUCUGAUGGAAAAGGAUGCCCCCAUCUAUAUGCGUUGGAUGUUCGACAUAUCGUUCUUAAAGUACAGUCUGGAGGGAUGCAUGAUGGCCAUUUUUGGGUAUGACCGUGAGCGUCUGGAUUGCCAGGAGAUGUACUGUCACCUGGUGGUGCCCAAGUAUAUACUUAAGAACCUGGACAUGGCCGACGGGAACUACAACUUGGCUCUCAUAUUUCUGUUUGGAAUUUUCAUCUUCCUGCGUAUUUUAGCCUUCUACAUAAUGUCCUUCCGGCUCCGAUUGUUCAGAUGAGGCAGAAAAAUGAAAAACGGAAAACAUGCCACAUUCCGUCGUCUGGGAAAUAUUUGUUUUUAUAUUUAUGAUUUCUUGUUUAAGCAUUUAUACAAGAGGAACUUUUGUGCCAAAGAUUGGAGAAGCCUAUAGAGCGUAAGGAAAUCGUGAUAUAUAACUGAAACAAAGGAUAAUAGAACACACCCACAUAUUCUAGAACAUACAUACACACAAGAACUGUAAAUAGACCACUUUAUUAGCAUAGCAUAAAGAAAUGUAUUUUUCUAUUGUAUUAAUGACCGAUUUAUUGACUAGUUGUAACAAAAGCCUGAUUUUAAGGCUUCGGCUGCGAGUAUGACUUUGAAAAUAUUAUUAAA